AUGGAAUUGUGGUUAAAUAACACAGAAAACGUGGCAGAAGCGGAGUGCGCGGUUCCUAGUCAAAUGGCGGGAUUUAUCGCGUCACCUGCACAAACAAUGCAGCCGGGACCCAACGGAGAAGAUAAGAAUGACAAUAUUAAGAACAUAUUAGCUAGUAAUAGCGAAAAAAUUACUUUCGAAAAUGUGACAGUUCAGUGGCGUCUUGACAACAGAGUAUCCGAGUCUGUAGGUACAUCUGACAAUCUUAAAAAAAUCGUUCCUGAUGAAAACCAAGAGUGGGGGAAGAUCAUUGGUAACGUUCCCAUCUUGUACGAAAAAUCGGUUUUCGAUAAACCAAAUCUGAUCAUUCUUGACGUGUCCAACGUGGGUUUGGAAGAAAUUAAACCCGGAGCUUUUGGAAACUUACCACUCUUAGAAAAGCUCAUUCUAAGUGGCAAUAAAUUGACAGAGAUCAAAACCGAUACUUUUGUGGAUCUAAGUGUAACGUAUAUAGAUUUGUCAUCCAACUCAAUCAUCCUCCUACAACCACGAGCCUUCAAGAAUUUCAACGCUAAUUACCUAUUACUGGACAACAACAAACUCACAGAAUUUCCAAGUGGUGUUUUUGACAAUGUUACCAUCGGAAACUUAAGCUUGAGUAAUAAUCGUCUCCAUACCAUCGCACCAAAAGCUUUGUCAACAGUUAGAUUGAGAAUAUUGAAUCUGCCUGGUAACAAACUUGAAGAAAUCAAUCCAGAAGUUUUUGACCUACAAGAGUUAACAACACUCAAUUUGGAUUCCAACUCAGUCAAGCUUCUCCGACCCGGUGAUUUGACAAACUUACCAGAACUGGACGAACUCAGUCUUGUCGAAAAUCAACUGAAAGAAAUUCCAGAAGGGGUUUUCAAUAACACCAAACUCAGCGAUUUGAAUCUAGACGCAAACAAGAUUGCUAAAAUUGCGAGUAGAGCUUUUGAUGACAUGAAGGAUCUUGUUUCGUUGCGGAUUGACUUUAAUAAUCUAACCCAAUGGGAUAAUAAUUGGCGGGCUGGAGAGUCAAGUUAUCGUUUUAUUUCAAUCCGUUUUAAUCAGAUUACUGAGAUUCCAGACGACGCGUUCAAGAAUAUUCCGAACUCGUAUGCUAUUCAUCUUCAGGGGAAUAAAAUUAGGAAGAUUUCACCUAAUGCUUUUCAUCAGUUAGAGAGCGUUUAUGAUUUUGAUUUGGCCAAUAAUGAGAUUGAUAGAUGGGAUCCGGAUUUUUUGGGUAGUACUAAUCUGGCUAUUUUGAAUCUGAGUGGAAAUAAGUUAGAGUGUGUCGAAGGUGAUUUGAACACAGUUUUUAGAAAUGUUCGUCUUAUUAAAUUUGAGGAUAAUCCUUGGAAUGAAGAGUGUGCUAAGAAGAUCGAGGAGUUUCUAGAGUACAAGAAUACGUUACCGUGUUUUGUUGUUUUCAAAAUAGUCGUGAAAGUCAGAUUUGAUCGACUUAAUUUUAAUCCACCGCGUUGGAAAAACCAGUACUCAACUUACAUCAAAAUUACCUUUCUAUUCCUUAUAAAAAUGCCGUUUAAGGUGACCAACUUCAGUAAUGAAGAUGCGUUCUUCACUAUUCGGUGGCGUCAUAAUUACAAAAAAGGAGAAACGGUAGCAACAUCUGACAGUCUGAAGAAAAUAAUUCCUGAUGACGAACGAGUGUCGGUGGAGAUCACUGGAGGCAUUCCCAUCUUGUACGAAAACUCGGUUUUCGAUAUACCAAAUUUGGACAGUCUCGACCUCUAUGACGUGGGUUUGCAAGAAAUCAAACCAGGAGCUUUUGGAAAUUUACCACAUUUAAAAUGGCUUAGUCUACCUACAAACAAUUUAACUGAGAUUAAAACUAACACUUUUGCCGACCAAAAGAUAAUUUAUUUGGAUCUGUCAUUCAACUCAAUCAUCGUUCUAUACCCCGGAGCUUUCAAAAAUUUCAACGCCAAUCUCCUGAUUCUUGCUAACAACAAACUCACUGAAUUUCCAAGUGGUGUUUUUGAAAAUGUCACAAUUCGAACCUUAAUUCUGGCUAAAAAUCUUCUGCACACCAUCGCACCAAAAACACUGUCUACAAUUGCGUUGAAUAAAUUGGCUUUGAGCAAUAAUAUAUUCGACGAAAUCAAUCCGGAAAUCAAGCUUCUGCGACCUGGUGAUUUGACAAAUUUGUCAGAAUUGAAGGAACUCUGGCUUGCGGGAAACGAUUUGGAAGAAAUUCCAGAAGGGGUUUUCAUCAAUACCAAACUCACUGCUUUGAAUCUAAAUUUAAACAAAAUUGCUAAAAUCGCUAGUGAAGCUUUUGAUGACAUGCCAGCGCUUGCAAUUCGGUUGUAUAUUGACUCCAAUUAUAUAACCGAAUGGGACAAUAAUUGGCUGAGAGGGGCGAAAUCAUUGGUUCAAAUUUCGGUCAGUGAUAAUAAGAUAGCGGAGAUACCAGACGAAGCAUUCAAAAAUUACCCUCGUAUGAUGAAAAUUGGCCUUCAUGGGAGUCACAUCAGGAACAUUUCAGUUAAAGCCUUUGAUAAUUUAGAAUAUGUGGAUUAUUUAGAUUUGACUUAUAACGAGAUUGAUAAUUGGUGUCCUGAUUUCUUGGGUAAUGUUAGUGUUGGGACUUUGGAUCUCACUGUUCUGUGGCGUCUUGGUUACAAAGUGGAAAAAACGGUAGCUACGUCUGAGAAUCUUAAGAAAAUCAUUCCUGACGAAGAGCAAGUGUCGGUGGAAAUCACUGGUAACAUUCCCAUUUUGUACGGAAAUUCAGUUCUGGAUAUACCAAAUCUGAACAGACUAGAAUUAUUCGGCGUGGGCUUGGAAGAAAUCAAACCUGGAGCUUUUGGUAAUUUACCACUUUUGGAAACUCUCCUUCUGAGUUGGAAUAAUUUGACACAAAUCAAAACGGAUACUUUUGUCAAUCUAAAUAUAUCCUAUGUGGAUUUGUCAUACAACUCAAUAAUCCUCCUCGAACCAGGAGCUUUCAAGAAUUUCAACGCCGAUCACUUGAAACUUAACAACAACAAACUCACCAAAUUUCCAAGUGGUGUCUUCGACAAUGUCACCCUUGAAAUUUUAAGUUUGUGUGGAAAUUUUCUCCACACUAUCGCACCAAAAGCUUUGUCAACACUUUCAUUGAAAAUAUUGUCUUUGUAUGAUAACAAAUUUGACGAAAUCGAUCCAGAAGUCUUUGACGGACAAGAGUUAAAGUCGCUCGAUUUGGAUUUCAACUCGAUCAAGCUUCUGCGACCCGGCGAUUUGAAAAACUUACCAGAGUUGAACGUAUUGAGGCUUGUCGACAAUAAGUUGGAAGAAAUCCCAGAAGGUGUUUUCAAUGCCACCAAACUCACUUACUUGGAUCUAUCUGCAAACAGGAUUGCUAAAAUUGGGAGUAAAGCUCUCGAUGACAUGUCAAAUCUUGAUGUAUUACACAUUGACUUCAAUAAUCUGACCCGAUGGGAUAAUAAUUGGCUGAGUGGGGUAUCACCACCUGUUUCUAUUUCAGUCAGUUUUAAUCAGAUUACUGAGAUUCCAGACGAAGCGUUCAAGAAUUAUCCUCAUGUGGGCAGAAUUGAUCUUCACAGAAAUUACAUUGGGAGGAUUUCAGCUAAAGCAUUUGAUAAGUUAGAACACGUUGAUUAUUUAGAUUUGACCUAUAACCAGAUUGAUAACUGGAAUCCAGAUUUGUUGGGUGAUGUUACUGUUGGGACUUUGGAUCUCACUGGCAAUAAGUUAGAGUGUGUUGAAGGAGAUUUGAAGACAAUUUUCAAAAAUGUUGAAUAUCCAAUUUUGCGAGGUAAUCCUUGGAAUGAAGAGUGUGUUAAGAAGGUUGAGGAGUUUAUAAACAACAACGAAGGAUUCUAA